UGAGGCACCCGUAGACAGGCGGUGGAGCGGGCCCUUCAUAACGUUCUUCUUCGUUACCAAGACGACGAGUGAAAACAAAAGAGGAGAUCGCGUCACGGGCGGAGGAAAACAGCGGUGAACAUAAGACGGCGCGGGUGACAAUGUCAUAAGUUGUAAAGAAAAGAGUUGGCUUGUCUGAAAACAGGUCUAUAUUACCCAGCACAAUGGAUGAAAUUGCGGUGAAGGUGGCGGUACGGAUCCGUCCUCUGUUAUCCAAGGAGAUUCUUCAUAAUCAUCAAGUAUGUGUGAGGCCUGUCCCGAACACUCAACAGAUCAUUAUUGGGAAGGACAGAGUCUUCACUUUUGACGAUGUCUUCGGGAAAAGCUCCACCCAAAAUGACGUCUACAGUUCCUGCAUUAAGCCACUUCUGGUGUCUUUAAUUGAAGGGUACAAUGCCACUGUUUUCGCCUAUGGACAGACUGGAUCUGGGAAGACGUAUACAAUUGGCGGAGGCCAUGUUGCUUCUGUUGCUGAUGAAGAAAAGGGUAUAAUACCGCGGGCCAUACAGGAACUUUUCCAGGCAAUCUCUGAAAAUCACAACAUUGACUUCACUGUCAAAGUAUCCUACAUAGAAGUGUACAAGGAAGAUCUGAGGGACCUCCUGGAACUGGAAACCAAUGUAAAAGAUAUACACAUCCGGGAAGAUGAAAAGGGAAACACAGUUAUUAUUGGUGCCAAGGAAUGCCAAGUUGAAAGUGCAGAUGAGGUCAUGAGUCUUUUAGAAGCUGGAAGUGCAGUCCGCCACACUAGCACAACUCAAAUGAAUGAACGCUCCAGUCGCUCCCAUGCGAUGUUUACCAUAAGUAUAUGCCAACAAAGGGAUGCCAAUGUCAUCACUACAGAAAAUGGAUCCAAUAAGUCAGUCCAGAUGAUCUCCUCAAAAUUUCACUUUGUAGACUUAGCAGGUUCAGAAAGAGUGACCAAAACUGGGAACACUGGAGAGAGAUUUAAAGAGUCCAUUCAGAUUAACAGUGGUUUGCUUGCUCUGGGCAAUGUAAUAAGUGCACUUGCUGAUCCUAAAAGAAAAAAUGCACAUGUUCCAUACAGAGAUGCUAAGAUCACCCGUAUUCUUAAAGAUUCCUUAGGUGGAAAUGCCAAAACAGUCAUGAUCACAUGCAUUAGUCCUUCUACUUCUGACUUUGAUGAGUCUUUAAACUCUCUUAAGUAUUCCAACCGAGCCAGGAAUAUCAAAAACAAGCCAAUUGUAAAUUAUAACCCUGACUGGGAUAGAAUGGAUGAAAUGGAGCUGGAAAUAAAAGCGCUCAGAGAAGCUUUGCAAAACCAGCAGAGCAGUAGGGUAAGUCGAGUCAGCCAGGUGUCUCAAGAGUGGAACCAAGAAAAGAACAAAAUUCGGGCUCUAGAAGAGCAGCUUGCACAGUAUCAGCUGGAAUGCUUUAACCAGCGACAUUGUACAGAAGAAGCUUUGGAGCUGCUAUAUCAACUUAAGGAUAUAUCUGGCCUUUCAAAACCCCAAAAGAAUAGACUUCAGAGUUGGUUAGCUAUGGCAGAGGAAUUAAAAAGCGAUAUGACGGCUAUGACUGGAACUGAUAGUGCAGUUACUGGUGGCAGAGAGGAGCCACAUCACAUCACCAUACUACAGCUCAAAAGGGAACUGAAGAAAUGCCAGGAUGCUCUAGCAGCAGACGAAGAGGUAUUUUCUAGAAAGGAGAUUGAACUGAAGGAGUUAAAAGAGAAUAUUCAGUCUUUAUUACAAGAAAACCAAUGUUACCAGAAGUCUUUAGAAGAGACUGAACGCAGCAAGAAUCUACAGACAGAAAAACUUGUGGAACAACAAAUGCUUAUUGAUGAGCUGAAAUACAAGGUCGAAGACUUACAAAAGCAGUUGCAGCAAGGUGAAGUAAAGGAGCAGGAAUUAAUAUCUAAGAGACCUCACAGCGUUCCAUUGAGUCACCAACUGCAGAUGUCGUCUUUAAGCUUGAGACAGUCCAGUGACCAGUCAGAACCAAGGAAGGUACGCACCAGUCCUCCUUCAUAUUCCUUGGAACGUGUGGUAGCAGGAUUUCGAACACGUAGCCAGAUGCUUUUAAACUUAAUAGAAGAACAAGAUGAAGUUUCACAUGAAAAGUUUUCAGACCACAGUGAUGAAGAAUUAGAGAAGCAAGAUAAAAAGACUAAGAAUAAUCCUCCUAAGUCUUCAUUUAGGCGUUCUAUCAAUCGGACAUGGACGCAUAGGCAGCCACCAAAAGCUGGAGCAUUGAAUUAUGGUACAAAGCAAUUAUCCACCAACAUAGAGGAUAUAUCAGAAACUGCCAUUGAAUCAGUUCAACAAAGCCAAAAUCUUAACCUGAAAAAACUGAAAAACACAGAACUUCGGCUCGCUGAGGCAAGACAAAAGUUGAGGGAGCUGACCAUUAAUAUCAAAAUGAAAGAAGAACUUAUUAAUGAACUAGCAAAGACUAGCAAUGACGCUCAGUCUGUGAACAAGCAGUAUUUUCAAAAGAUCGCAGCAUUGGAACAGGAAGCAGAACAGGCAAAAACUGAACUAGCUGAAGCCCAGAAACAGUUACAAGAGCUGGAAAGCAAAGAGCUGCGGGACCAGGCACAAAAAGCCAAAUUACAGAAGGAUUUCCGUAGGAAAAUGGAGGCUGCAAAAUCCAAGAUGCAGGUGAUACAAAGAAAGCAGCAGGAUACAAAAAAGUUUGCAAACUUAUCUGCUCAGAAUGAGAAGUGUGCAUCUGAUGUUGAACAAAAUAUAGAAAAUAUGCGACAACAACAGGCGCAGCUUCAGAAAAAGCUAAAAGAGGAAAGUGAUAGAAAGAAGAAACUGGAAUUAGCUGUGCAAAAGGACCAGAAACAAAUAAAAGAGCUCCAACUGAAGAAUGAGCAACAACAGAAGAUGCUGAGGCAAAAAAGUGAAGAAAUUGCCACCAUUAGACGUCAGAGGAGUACUUCAAGUAUUCCAGACCAGCUUCAGCUAAAAUUAGAAGAACAGAAGAAGUGGCUUGAUGAGGAGGUGGAGAAGGUCUUAAAGGAGCGGCAAGCAUUGAGCGAGCUGGAAGAGGAUUUAAAGAAAAGAGAAGAGAGCAUUGUUAAGAUGGAAGCCAUGCUAAAAGAUAAGAGCCAUCUGGAAAUGAAAAAAUUGCGCUCAAGUCAGACUUUAAACAGUGACAUGCUGAAAUUGUCAUCUCGCCUAAAUGCAUUAGAGAAUGAGCUUACAGACAAAAGUAAGAAACUGCACAGCGGUAACAGUGAGGAACAGAAGAAAGUAUCUGGGGAGGUUAAAGUUCUGCAGAAGGAGCGAGACCAUCUUUUACAGAGAAGAGACAGUCUAGAUGAAAAGCUUAAAAAUGGCACAGUGUUGUCACCAGAGGAAGAGCACAUCUUGUUCCAGCUUGAGGAGGGAAUAGAAGCUUUGGAGGCCGCUAUUGAGUACAAGAAUGAGUGCAUUCAGAGUCGACAACAGGCCUUAAAGGACUCCUCUCAGAUUCUCACAAAAAGUGAAGCCAAUGUCAUUGAGAAGUUCAGCUCACUUUCUGCUUCUGAGACCAGAUCUAUUCUCAUCAAGUACUUUAACAAGGUUGUGAACCUACGAGAGACAGAACGGAAAUUACAGAUACAAGCACAAGAAUUGGCCAUGAAGGUGGCAGAGCAAGAGAAUGUAGUAAGAGAGCUAGAAUCUGCUUUAGACAAUCUUGCCUUGCAGACGGACAGACGGUUAACACAGCAACAAAAGGAGCAUGAACAAAGGAUGCAGCUUCUGUUACAGCAGUUUAAAGAUCAUGACAGAGGAGCUUCUGCAGGAAAUAUUAAGACCAGUGAAACAAAAAUAGAUGACCUUGAAAAGGAGCUUUAUUUCUACAAAACAACUAGCCGAGAGUUAAGAAAGAAGCUAAGGGAUCUGGUUGGGGAAGCAAAUAUGACAUUUCCUAAUAGUGGCUCUGGAGAUGCUCCACAGAACCAGGAUGAAUUCGGACCAGUUACAUCUAAAGAGCAGAAAUGGGCAUCAAAAAUAGAAAAUGGCAAACCCAACAGAAAGUCAAAAGACACCCCAAACUCCAGAUUCCAGCAGAACACUCAUAGAAUUGUUGGGGAUAGUUUAGGAGCUGAAGGUCAGGUGUCUGAACCCAGCAGACAAAUCAGAAGGCACUUUUCUAGUGGAGACAACACAGAAGAUACUGAAGAAUCUUUAAGACCUCAAAGCGAAUCAGUGUCCCAGAUAACAAAGUCAGAAGCUAGUAACGGACCACUUGUGGUCAAUCCUGUGAAACUAUCCCGCCGAGAGGUGCGGCAGAUCUCUGUGCCAGGGCUUUCAACACGACGUUCUAGUGUUGGAUCCAUCCUUGCUGACUCCAUUGAAGUAGCACGGAAAUCAUCAGACUACAAAUUUUAAAAAAGAAAGUGUUUGGCGUAUUUCUAUAAAGUAGCACUUAUUAGACUGUGAACAUGUACAAACUCAGAACCGAUUUACAACACACCAGCACUCUAGAUAAGACUACCUGCACCCCUGUAUAUUAUAAAUUAUACUGUGACAAAUCA